CAGCAGAACAUGCAUGUUGCGUUGAAGAACCUGAAUCUGAAAAGCACCAAUCGCAGUCAGAAAUCAGAAGUACACCACGCGCUGGAGACUAUGGUAACGGACAGUUCCGAUAUAACCGGCGCUAUGUAGUAAAUUAUUUCGCUGUGCGUGUUGGUUACGAUAAAUAUUUAUGUGUAUCCCAGAGAUACCGUACAAUAACAAACAAAAAGCUACAAAUACAAAAAAACGAAACUUGAAUUAAAUUGAAAAAAAAAAGAAUUAAGAGAAAAGAAACAUAACAUAUUGCUAUGUAUGUACUUGUAGGUUAAAUGAAUGCAAUGUAAGAAGAUAAUUCAAAUCGUAUGAAUAUAUAUUCACACUGGCAUCUAGUGGAAAGUUCCAUUUGAUUUUUUGUUACCAGCUUUAACUUAAACACACAUUAUAAGUUCGUCAAUUCUGCGGAAAAUAGUGAAAAUACAGCUAAAAAACAUUGCGAAAAUUCAGCUAUACUGGCCACCGAAUGGAUAAUGGGUAUUUGUUUAGACACAGAUGCCAGCGCGGCACAAGAUACCGGCGAACCAGGCAACGAUUGGAAUCAUACACGGAAUCAAGAUGGCCAAAAUGCCGCAGCUGGCAACGCAAUGGCAAUGAAUGCCAAUGGCCGUCUUGGUUCGGCCAAUAUCGGCGCUAUCGAUAUGCAAAAUGCUGGAAAAAUCAAAUUCGAUCCGCCGAAAGUGCCAGUGAUAUUUGUUUUAGGCGGCCCAGGUAGUGGAAAGGUCACCCAUUGCGAUACCUUCAUGCAGGAGCGACGCGGCGUUACACACAUCAAUAUGAUGGAUUUGCUGCAGCAAUAUGCAAUGGGAAAUGAUAUGCAAGACUUUUCGCAACUAUCGUCGAAAACAGUCACCGAAGUGUUGAUGUUGGAAAUGAAAAUGGCUCCAGCUGCCAAAGCCUAUCUGAUAUCAGGAUAUCCACGUUCCAUGCGCGACGUUGUUGAAUAUUCAGAGAAGAUACAAGUCGUUAAUGGGGUUAUCCUAAUAUCUUGGCGUCAAUCUGUGCUACAGAAACAAAUUGAUUAUGGCGCUAAAUUAGGUCAUGUUGUACUCUCCUUAGCCAAAAUGGAAUUGGAAAAUUUCUUCAAAAAUGUGAUGCCAGUCGCCGACUAUUUUGAUCAGAGUGAUAUGCUGUUGGCCGUGAAUGGCGAGCGGGCACCGACAGAGGUAUAUAAAGACUUUCGCACCGCAGUGCUAGACAUAUUGAGCGCGCUAGAGAAUCAAGAGGCCAUGCUGAACGGAGUUACAGUCACUGUAGAUCGCAGGUCAGUUGCCGAUCAGAAUCAGAAUGCUCCUGCAGAUGCUGCAGAUGAUCGCAAUGUCACGAACGCUGUGAUAUCUCACAUAGCCGCCAAUGCGGCCACAGCAGCGGCAACACUACGAACAGGCGGCACAACUGCGGACGAUGACAGUGGCGUGGUUGUCACCCAGCAGCCCAAGCUCAGCCAUGCCGGCACCAGCAUGGAUGCCAGCGAUGAACCCGAGCCAGCAAUUCCGCCCAUCAUUUGGGUGAUCGGUGGCCCGGGCAGCAAUAAGGCGACGCUCUGCCUGAAGGCCGUUGGCCUCAAUCCAGGCUGGUCGCACAUCAGCGUGGGACGACUUCUUCGGAAUAUUACGGAUACUGCGCCACGUGCCAAUACCGAGAGCUAUGCGGUCAAGGAAGCUCUGGCUGCAGGCGAGAUGGCUCCAGAGAAGACACUGAAUCAGCUGCUGGACAAUAAUAUCCGGCAGUUGCGUGGCAAAACUGGCAUCAUCAUCGACGGCUAUCCGCGUAACCUGCAACAAGUCAAAUACUUUGAGAACAAGUACAAACAAAUUCCGCCCACAAUCCUGCUGGACUGUUCAAAGCUGCAAUUGGGACGCGGACGAAUUGACGACACUGUCUCCUCGUUUCGACGACGCCUGGAGUUGUUUCGUGAACAGACGCUGCCCAUGCUUAAAACUAUGGAUACAAGCAAUCGACUGCAGAUUGUGGAUGGGGAUACGGAGCCCUCCGUACAGCGGGAGUUUGAACGACUCAUACGCAAUCACAUACAACAGUUGACCAAUAAGGUGCCUGAAGGUGAAGCCGUCACUGAGUCGCUGGGCAAUCAUGUGAUGCGCAACGAGCAGACCGAUGCAAUACUGCACGAUCUGGAGACGAAUGUACCGGGAUCGGUGCCCACGAUCAGCCACCAUGUGAGCAUGAUGAAUGGUCACCUAAAGAACCGGGGCAGUGCAUUAGCUGGUUCUAAACGACCCACCCAGAUGAUGAACGGCCAUGCACCGGGACGACCUGGUACUGGACCUGUAGCACCUCUUGCCCAACCUGUCGAUUUUCGGCACAUGCUCGAAGAGGCCGAACGAUAUCCGGUGGACUCGUAUAUGUAGCGAAAGAUGAGGAUAGUAUAAAUGAUUAUGAUGAUUAAGGAUUACACGCAGAGCGUAUUACGAAAGUUUUAUAGUUUUAUAAACAAAAAUUCGAAAUAGGCUAAGUCAUAUAUUGUUAGCGUUGAAUUGUUGGAAUGAGUAUUUAGCAGAUGAGUUUUUGAUAUAGUUUUUAAAUGUCUAAUGCGUUCUAUGCCAAGAUUUCAUUUUCAUUGUAUCGAACUAUUAGAUAAGCCGAGUAGAAUGUACACAAUAACACAAACUUUUAAAACCAAAAGAAUUUCAAAGUCUCUUCACCAAAAAAAAAUUCAAUAAAAUUGAAGAUGCAAAAAUAAAGGAAAUACAA